AUGCCUACACCUGCGACACAGCUCGAGUCGUAUGAUACUAAAGAUGGUCUGAAGGUCAUCGAACGUUUCUUCAUCGUCCCACUGGAUUACUCGAAGCCGGAAGGAGAGAAGAUUCGCGUCUUUGCACGGAGUGUCAUCCCAAAAGCCAAAGCAAAGACGGCCGAGGAAGAGGCUAAGCUUCCUUACGUGGCAUACCUUCAAGGCGGUCCUGGAUUCGAGAUCGGUCUCAUGGGUAACUCAGGAUAUACCAAGGAGUUGCAUGAAAAAGGCUAUCAGACGCUCUGGGUCGACCAACGAGGAACUGGCCUCAGCACAUCUCUUACCCCUGACACCCUUCCAAACCAUGUCAAGACAGACGAAGAGAUCGCGCAAUAUCUCAAGCACUUCCGAGCAGACAACAUCGUCAGGGAUUGUGAAUUCAUCCGCAACGAGCUUCUGGGCCACAAGGAGUCUCCGGAAGAUCGCAAGUGGUCACUCAUGGGACAGAGCUUUGGGGGCUUCUGCAUUAUCACCUAUCUGUCGUUCUUCAGCGCCGGAUUGAAGGAGGUGUUUAUGACGGGCGGGCUCGCUCCGCUAGUUGACCAGCCCGACGCUGUGUAUGAGGCCCUUGCCAAAAGGGUGAUUAAACGCAACGAAGUCUAUUAUAAGAAGUAUCCGCAGGAUGUUCAACGAGUUCGUAAUAUUCUCGCCUUCCUCGAAUCCAACACCGUCACCCUUCCAAACGGAGGACGCCUCAGCCCAACUCGGUUCCAACAACUAGGACUCGAAUUCGGAAUGCACGGUGGCAUUGACAGAAUCCAUCAAAUUGUCUUCCGGGCUACCAGCGACCUCGACCUUGUCAAGAAGAUAUCGUACAAGACUCUCCAGACCAUCCAGCAGCUGCAAGGUCUUGAUGGCAACCCACUGUACGCCAUAUUGCAUGAACCGAUUUACUGCCAAGGGAAAGCCGCGAACUGGUCUGCAUCCCGUGUAGUCCAGAAAUACGACUGUUUCUCGUGGUCGUAUGUCAAGGCUCAAGACGUUUCGACCCCGCUCUACUUCCUCGGCGAGAUGAUCUUCCCUGAGACGUUUGACGACUACGCCAAUCUCCGCCCAUGGAAGGCCGCCGCUGAGAUCCUUGCGAAGGACGACUCAUGGGGCCCGCUCUACGAUCUUGACCAGCUUGCGAAGAACGAGGUCAAGGUGUCUGCUGUCACGUACUUCAAUGACAUGUACGUCGACUUCGAUUUUGCGCAGCAAACAGCGUCCAAGAUCAAGAACACGGAACAGUACAUCACUAACCAGCUGGUGCACGACGGCAUUCGUGAAGAUCCUGCCGAUAUCAUGAAGACGCUGUUCAGGCUUUCGGAGAGAGCGCUUGAUUAG